GACAUUAAACAACAAUGUGGCCGAUUCCAUUGACAGAGUAGAGCAUAUGCAGAGAGCAGCACUGACCAACAAAUGCUUAUGCUUUUAAAUACUCCAUACGCUCUCUCCCUUUCUCGCUCAUUAGCUUCUUCCUCUUUCCCUUCUCCUCCCACGCGCCGCCUUCUUUCCAUUUCUUCCACUUUUGCCCUUCCUUCCCCUCGAUUCCCCCAUUCCUCCCUCGUUUCCUCGAGGGUAUCCCCGUCUUUUCGCACCCAAGCUUCAGCCGCCACCGCGACCAUGGGUGACGCUCCCGACGUUGGUAUGGACGCUGUCCAAAGACGCCUCAUGUUUGAGGAUGAAUGUAUUUUAGUGGACGAGAGUGAUAAUGUUGUUGGCCAUGAAUCGAAGUACAACUGUCAUUUGUGGGAAAAGAUUCUAACUGGAAAGAUGCUGCAUAGAGCAUUCAGUGUAUUUUUGUUUAACACAAAAUAUGAGUUGCUCCUUCAGCAACGAUCUGCAACAAAGGUAACAUUCCCUCUUGUCUGGACAAACACCUGUUGCAGCCAUCCUUUAUAUCGUGAAUCUGAGCUUAUUUCGGAGAAUCAUCUUGGGGUGAGGAAUGCUGCCCAAAGGAAGCUUUUGGAUGAGCUCGGUAUUCCUGCUGAAGAUGUUCCUGUUGAUCAGUUCGUCCCACUGAGCCGCAUGCUAUACAAGGCACCUUCCGACGGCAAGUGGGGCGAGCAUGAACUUGAUUACCUCCUAUUCAUUGUCCGAGAUGUUAACGUUCAUCCAAACCCUGAUGAGGUAGCAGAGGCUAAAUACGUGAACCGUGACCAACUGAAGGAGUUACUGCGUAAAGCUGAUGCUGGUGAAGACGGUUUGAAACUGUCACCAUGGUUCAGACUCGUCGUGGAUAAUUUCUUGUUCAAGUGGUGGGAUCAUGUCGAGAAAGGGACCCUUAAGGAAGUAAGUGACAUGGAAACCAUUCAUAAGCUGUGAUUUAAGAUUUUAGAAGCAAAAAGGACAUGAAACAAAGUUUGUCAAUGGGUACUUCCAGAAAGAAAAAGGAAAGGUUUUAAUUCCAAUAAAUUGCAGGUUUGAAAUAGUUCUUAAACAUGCUGGUUUCUUAAUGUUUGUAAGAUCGUGUUGCUGCUAAAUUUUGACUUAAAUGUUGCAAACUAUAAGGGCAUGUAUUUUAGAUUUGAGUUCAAUAAAAUAAAAGGUUAUUUCUUUA